UUCUCACUCUUCUGUUUUGAUUCUCUCUCUUUCUUUCUUGGAGGCUCCUUUAAAUAGGCUCUCUUUUCGAAGCCAUCUCUUUCGAGAAAAUAAGUCAUAAUCUUUUGAAGGAUAAUAGGUGGAGGCUUAGAGAGUGGUUCUCGGCGUUGCUGCAACUCCGAUUCAGGCGGCAAUUGGAUAUUUUCCCUGGUUUUUCUCGGAGCCUGAAAUCUAGAGAGCAAAAGUAGAAAAAAGGAAGGAAGAGAGAAAAAAUAUCUAGACCUAGGAUUUGUUUGUCUGAAAAUUUCUUGCUUUUCUUUUUCAAGGCCAAGAAAAUUUCGAGUUGUGUUUUUUUUUUAAUGCAUUGGAGGAUCUGAUUGGAGCGGAGUUUUCCUGUAUCAAGUAAAUUAGAUUAAGCGAUUAGAGGAUUUUUGUUGGUAUCGUGGAGCUGAGGUUCUGUUGAGUAUCUCUCCAAUGGCUGCUCAAUUGCAAAAAGCUGCAGAUGAAAUGAAGCGGAAGAAGCUUCACGCUGAUGCUUCCCCUGCUGAACUCACCAGUUCCAAUUUGGUUCCGUCCAAGGGUGCAAGUUCACCAUCUGACGCAACUUCAUGCAUAUCAUCUGUGGGAGAGGCCCUGGGUAGCGUUAAAGGAGAUGUGGAUCAAGAGCACUUGGGUACAGAUCAAGGUGUUCAAUAUCCUGUCAGUGGCUUUUAUGGAUACUACUAUCCAGGUUAUGGUGGUUCCUAUGGAGAUAUAGACAAUCAAGGGUAUUAUGUAGGUGCUGAUGUGGGGGAACUUCAAUAUCCUGUCAUGCAAGCAGAUAAUGGAUCUUAUGUAUAUCUCAUGCCAGGAUAUCAGACUGGCUACUCUUCAUACUUUCCUGUGAAUACAAUUGGUGCAGAUCAGCAAUAUGUUGGUCAUGUGUAUCCCCAUGGUUCCAUCUUUGAACAACAAAUUGCUUCACCUGGGUAUUAUUCAGCUCCUUUGUCGUAUGGGGAUUUGAUGCCUGCGCCCUAUUCAUUUGAUUCAUAUCCAACUACACAAGAUGGAUCACAUGGAAAUGUUUAUAGUGAAUUGGCUGGUAAACCAAGUGGGAAACCUAACUUGUCCUCCCAAAGUCAUUCUAGCAAUCUUGCGUCAAAGCCUGUGUCUCAUUCUAACUUGAGCCACCCAUUAGAAGUAAAGAGUUCUGCACCAUUAAAAGAUGUCUCUCCUGGUCAUGCUAAGCGUAACCAGAUAAAAUCAUUAAACAAGGCACCUGUUGGUGGUGCAAUCCUUCAUUCAGAUGUAAUUGCAAAGGGCUGCUUGCCUGUUACCAAGUUUCCCACAUACAACCAAGGAAAGAGUGGACUACUCUAUCCAAACAACUUGCUUAAUGUGAAAUCAAACACCAAGGGUUGGGUCAGCUCAGAAAAGUAUAAAUGGAGAAGCAAGGUCAGUGAUUCGGUUAAUGAACAGAAUCAUGGUCCUAGAACAGUCAAUGCUAAAGGCACAUUGAUGUCUGGAGGCAAUCCUGCUGGAACAUUGGCCACAGAUGGGAGUGGAAAUGGCAACAAAAACUCUUUGGUCGGGAUGGAUCAGUAUAACCUUCCUGAUUUCCCUACUAAAUAUGAUCAUGCAUUUUUCUUUGUCAUCAAAUCUUACAGUGAAGAUGAUAUUCACAAGAGCAUUAAGUACAAUGUGUGGGCUAGUACUCCUAAUGGGAAUAAGAGGUUGGAUACUGCAUACCAGGAAGCGCAAAAGCUGAUGGCAGAGAAAGGAAGCAAGUGCCCAGUGUUUCUUUACUUUUCGGUCAAUGCUAGUGGUCAAUUUUGUGGAGUUGCUGAGAUGAUCGGACGAGUCGAUUUCAACAAAAGUAUGGAUUUCUGGCAACAGGACAAAUGGAGUGGAUACUUCCCUGUAAAGUGGCAUAUUAUAAAAGAUGUCCCAAAUCCGCAGUUACGACAUAUAAUACUUGAGAAUAAUGACAACAAGCCCGUGACAAAUAGUAGAGACACACAAGAGAUAUAUCAUCCACAAGGCAUUGAAAUGCUUAGCAUAUUUAAGAACUUUGUGGCUAGGACUUCCAUAUUGGAUGACUUUGAAUUUUACGAAAGCCGUCAGAAGGUCAUGCAGGAGAAGAAAAUAAGACAGCAUAUGCCUAUUUCCAAUGCACAGAUAGAUCGGUUAACGACUGCUUUAGGUUCAGUAGACAUAUCCGCUGUGAAGAACACCGAGGAUCCCAAGGUGGUGGAGCAAGCGAAGGACUGAACAAAAAUGCCAGCCUGAUUCGUUUUCUGCGGAGCAUCAGGGCGGCGAUGCCACUGCCGGUAAUUGAUACAGUAACUGACACUGCCACAUGGGAGGAAAGAGCUGAAGGCUUUUGAUUUCAGCUCAGUACUGUUGGUCUGGAAAGGGUUGGGGGGGGGGGGUUCACAUGGGGAGUCUGUUGGCCAGAUCAUGGGAAAUCUUCUGGUCGAAAUUAAGGGUGCCAAGAUGCUCAAUUGUCAUUUACUUGCGUUCAAAUUAUUUUCAAUGUUUUACUAUUUCCCUUCUAGCUCUGGAAUUUAGCUGUUCAAAAUAAUGAUGUGAUUGGUUGUGGGUA